AAGCCCAUGUCUCCAAAAGUGAUGAUGAUAAUUCCAGCUCCUUGGGUCCGACACCAACAUCCCCUCUAGAAGGACCAAGACUGCAUGGUCAGCUACACCCGAGAUGUGACACAUGACGCUCACCAGACCGGCUAAGGUUGGUGCUUAUUGGGUCAGUCACUACUGAACACCAUUACCACACUGCAAAAACAGAUAGACAAGCAAGACCCUGUGGAGGAAUUCAAGGCUGAUUGGUCCAUUGCUGAGAUGAAUGCUGAGAUUGGGGAGAGCCACGCCUACCUCUACACAUCACAGACUGAUAAACAGCUGGUGGUGCAUGAGAUCCGUGUCUCGUGGACAAGGUUUAACAGAGAUGCGGUGCUGGGACUGUAUGACACCUACAACAAGUCACAGUUGAGCUGGAGAACAGCCAAGUCAUGCCGAAAGGCUGCGAAGCAUCAGGCUUUGUCAUCGUCUGAGCGUCUAGUGCCUAGAUCAUACAGUGUUCCCACUAACCAGCCUGGAGGGAAGGGUACCUGACUAAGAAGACCAGCUGGGUGGGCAAGCUGGAUGGACUGCA